CAGAGCGCACAUGCAGAGCUGGAUGCAUCCGAUCAAUAUCAGACAGAUCUGCCUGUUUUCAAUGUGUCCCGUCAUGGAGCAGAGCGUCAAAGCGGCCGCAGCCCUGCAGGUGAUCCAGACGCGCAGCUCACCCGGAGUCCUGCUCGCGUACAAAAGCGCGACACAAAGACUCGGCGCGAGCGGGUUCAGCGUCAGCACGCUCUCCAAAGCAGGAUUGGGGAUCCUCAAACUGGCCACGACGCAGCUGAAGCAGCAGGAGCAGAAGGCGCGGGUGGUGCGCGCGUCCAGUUUGGGUCAAGCGCACCCCGCGUCCGUCGAUAAAAAGUCCCCUCUGGACCAGCUGGCCGCGCUUGUCCUUCACAGGAACGCACGCCUCCCGCCGCUGGCGAACGAGCCGCAUGCCGCAAAGCCGCAGAACUGCAGGCGCAUCGUGGUGCUCGGCGCGCCGCGCGUCGGGAAGACCUCCAUCCUGCGCCGCUUCCUGCGCGACGGCUUCGAGGAGCGAUACGAGCCCACCAGUGAGGAUUUCCACCGGAAACUCUACCAAAUCCGCGGAGAAACCUACCAGAUAGACAUAUUGGACGCGUCCGGAGAGAGGAGCUUCCCCGCCAAGAGGAGGCUGUCCAUUCUGACCGGUGAUAUAUUCCUGCUCGUCUUCAGUAUCGAAGACCGCAGCUCGUUCGAGGAAGUGCGCGCUCUGCACGCAGAGAUUGUCGCGGCCAAAACGGCGCUGCACCGAUCCAAACAGAAGGCGUGCGUGCCGACGGUGGUCUGCGCGAACAAGGUGGACUUGGAGCAGCGCACGGUGUCGCGGACCGAGGUGCUCCACGCGCUCGGUAACGGCUGCGCUCUGUUCGAGACCUCCGCCAAAGACAGCGUCAAUCUGGAGCAGGUGUUCGAGGCGCUCGCGCGGCGCGGCGGUCUCCCCCUCGAGACCGGACCCUCGCAGCACCGUAAAGUGUCCAUCCGCUCGUACCAGGCGCUGCGGGCGGAGGGCGGGAGCACAGCGGCGGCGUGCGAGGCUCCGUGCGGGGCGCUCUUCCCUCUGGCCCGCAGACCGAGCUUCGGCACCGACCUGCGGCUGGUCCUCGGGCCCAAAGCCAGCAGAAAACAGAGCAAAGCGCUGGACAAGUGUCAGAUUCAGUGAAACUACUCCGACUGAGAGAAAUAGAACCACUUUCAACAAAGAACACUGACGAUAAUUUGUGUUUACCAAAAACAGCACAUUCUAUUCAUCUUUUGGAGAUGGAUCAGAAUAAGCUUAUUUAUUAAAUAAUUGACCAUUGCAUUUUAAUCCUGGCAUAUAAAAUGCAUUAUGUUGCAUUUGCUGACAUUGCAAAGUCAUUAAAAUAUUUUUCACUGAUGUACAGUCAUUUUGAUUCUGCUCAGUGCAUUUUAAUGUGGGAGCAACUAUGACACAUUUAUGUAAACUUUAGGUUUAACACGACAGAUCCCUAUUACAAACCCCCUGUUGAAGAUCUGCCAUAUUUUAUGACUUGAAUGAAAAUACUGUGAUUAUGUCUGGGACAUGAACCGAAUUGACUUGAUUGAAAAGCCUGUUGAGUGACUGGUUUGUUGAAUGCAUGAGAUGCUGUAUAAUAUGUAUAGACAUUUGAAAUAAAACAUUUUCAU